AAUAAAUUACAUUAUGGAUCUUUGUGUUUUUGGUAUCGAUGAUGUCUAUGCUAAAAUUACCAUAAGAGGACUAGUUUUUUGAGUGAAGCUAAGUAUUAAUAAUGAAAAAUUGUGCUUCAAUCCCAGGAUUAAAAUUAUUUUUAGAAGAAACUGAUUAUCAAGUAUAUGAAAAAUAGAAUUGUUUAUAAGCUGACAAUCCUUAGAUACCAACUUCAAUAUUUAGAUAGAAAAAAUUAGCUGAUGAAUUUGAGUACAUUGAAGUAUAAAUUGAUAUUGAAAUACUUUUGAGCAAUAUGGAUCCAUUAGGUUGGUUUCCUGAAAUAAAAAAUAUUAAGGUGCUUGAGGGAGAUGAUUAUAGUUAUUUAUAUGGAGAAGUUUUAAUUGAAACACAAAUAGGAAUGUAUUUUAUGAAAUUUUUAGAAGAAUGCAUAGAAAAUUUACAUGAAAAUUGGAUAUUGAAUGAUAUCUAGAAUUUGUUUAGGGAAAUGAAAUCAGAAUAUAUUAGAACAUCUUAAUAGAAAAUUUGGUUAGAAGAUUUUUACUCUUUCUGUGAAUCUGAAGUAUUGCAAAAAGAGUAUUAUACAAUUAUUAAUGCCAACUUCUUAAGAAUUAUUAUUUGAA